AUGUUAAUUCUAAAGUCUUGCAUGAAGAAAUUUCGGGAUUUCUAAAAACAAAAUAUUUAUCAUAUUCUCCGGAUGAAGAACUUAAAGAAAUGAACGGAAUUAUAUACGGAAUUCAUAACAGAGUUUUUGUAUCCCUACCAGUAAUAGUCAAGAAAGAAGCAAAAAAUGUUCAUUUUUUUGUUGAUACCGGCUCUCCAAGCACAUACAUCUGUGAAGAAGCUUAUGAAACAUUCAAAGCAACAAUCGGGAAUAUAUCAUCUCCUAUUCGAUACUAA